AUGGCAUGGAACCUACCAGAAGCCGGCGUAAAGACCAAGAACGGGAUGAGCAGGCUACGCUGGGAGCACUCGCCCGUGCGAAUCGGGCACUCGUUCAUUGAAGCCAAUCGGGGCAAGAAGUUCGCAGCACUGGCAGAAGAAUUGGAAAAGGCGGAAAAGGCAUCGGCUCUUCAAGCGGCGCAUCUUCAACGUCAGCUUGCCGUGCUUGGUCUGCACAGCACUCAGCACCGGAUGUCAGAGGAGCCGAACAUGUCGCACAUGUCGAACCUGAUGCGGGGUGUGCAGAGCGUGAACUGGGCGAGAGGCGCGCGCUACAUGCGCUAUGGCCCAGGAUGCCACUGCAGCGAUUGCAUGGCAAGUUUGGAGCUGGAUGCUUUGGACCGGCUUCCGUGCAGCAAGGCCAUGGCUCAUACUGUGCACAGCGAGAGCUUCAGUCAUGAUGCCUCUGAUGCCCAGCCAAAUGGCGAUUCGCACUCGAGACCGAGGGCCUUGUUUACGCGCGAAAGCGACGACACUUUUCAAGACCAUCUGCAGCUUUUCAUGGCAGCUGGUGCUCGCCUUGCCGCUGCAACAUCUGCUCUGGAGUGCACCCGCCUCGAGCACAUGGACACGGGGAUUGCAGAGUCACCCCACAGCGAAGAGGACAGGCCGGAGUCUCCGAACACAUCGGCAGAAUUGCAGUUGGACAGGCGACCAAACUCGAUGACAGCAGGCAGCGGCCGAGUGCCAGGCUUACAAGAUUUAGCUGUGAUGCGGCGAAAGAGGAAUGACGCCCCUCCUGCACUUCGACAGCACCUGCAGGAGAUUUUGAACUCAGCAGCAACGAGCUCAGAUGCGCCCUUUCCAGUGGCAACGGCAGCCGGCAAUGGGAUCGACACGCCCCUGGCAAAUGACAAGCUCUUUGAUGCAUUCCUUGAAGAUGUCUCAAAGAAGGCUCGUGCGCACCAGCAGCAAACCAGGAUCGAACCGGUUGCAGAACAUGCCGUGGAUCAUCCGGGAUACCCAAAGGUUGCCGCCGAUGGACUUGAUGGAUGCCACAGCAUGGAAGUCGCAGAAGCGCGGGCGGGUGAUGCGGGUGAUUCGGGUGUUGAAGUUGAUGUUGAGUUAAACCCUGAUGAGCACACGCUUGGCGGGGCGUCCGAUGUUGAUCAAGCUGCGCUUCCGACUGGAUGGACUUGCCGGAACCCCGAGAAAUGGAAGAACGCCAGCACCUUUCUACUGUCAUCAGCCGCUACGGAGCGAGGUGAUGCUGCCGAGCCUGCCGAUGCCCACAGCAUGCACCCAGAGAUUUUGCAGGAGCGAAGGCUGUUGCAAAGGGCAGACUUGCAGCUGCAAGCCCAGGCAGCCAUGCUUCAUAUAGCUGCAAGGGUAAGACAGCGUUCAUUGCUUAAAUCCUUCGUUGACCACCGAGAUGUCGGUGGAAGCCUUGCGCAUCUUCGUGCCACGCAGCGCCGGACAGAAGACGCGAAGCGGACUUUGGCACGGGCUGUGGAACGGUGUGCUGGAAGCCCAGCUGUCCGAAAAGUGCUGACAUGCUGCGUGGAGGCGACAGUGGCUGCCUAUGAUGCCGAAAGGGUUUAUGCUGGCUCAGGAACACAUGGAACACAUUCGCCCUUGCCAGAGUUGGAGCGCGAAAUGGCCCGUGCUUUGCAGUCGAUCAGUAGAUGCCGUCGGCUACUUGUAGAGCUGGCAGCGCCGAAGACAUCGGUGGUUCAGGAGGAAUCUGGGCCCGCGUCGGAUCUUCAGCCCUUUGCACCUGGCUCGAGGCUGCGCGAUCGAUGGGCAGAAGUGUACGCGGAUCUUCUCCAGUCCGAGGACUCCAAGGACUCCACGAUCACUGUGCGUACAAGGCAGGGCAUCGCCUGGGCCAAGGUGCCUCAAGUGACUCAAGUGCAAAUGCCCUAG